GUCAACAAAGCCCAUGUCCUCACGCCGCAGAAGCGGCGGGCCCUCUGGAUGUGCAUGUACGGCGCAGUACUUGCCGGGUGCUUAGCUGGAGUGGGCGCUGCCUUCCUCGCGCACGCCUUGAACUCCAUUACCAGCGGCAUAGUUGACGAAGAGGAGGAUUAUGUCGCCUGGAAUGUCAUCUCAGCUGCCUUCUCUUUGAUUUGGUCUAUGGCUGAAAUGGUGGUUUGCUGUAUUGCAGCCCUCGUGGCAGCGGUGAGGAUGACUCGCAUUUGUGGCAUCAAUCUGGUGCCCAUGGACAAAGAGCGUGCCAUGCUGGCAGGUUCCCUGGCACGGUGCGCUCUGGAGCUUGGUCACCCCAGCUUGCGAACUUUCGGGAUCAACCCUUACAAGCGGGUCAACAAGUAUCUGCUGUUGGUUUAUGCCCUCAUCUACAUGGGCAGUCGCGGUAUUACAAAGUUCUUCAUCAAGCUCCUCGUCAAGAAGGUGGCCCCGCGAACAUUCGUCAAGGCUGCCGACAUGGCGCCCUUGGUGAUUGAGGUCCUCAUCAAUGUCCUUUUCAACUUCAUCACUGUCAGGUAUGCCAUGAGUGAGGUUAUGAUCUGCUCAAUUGGCCCAUCUGCGACAGUGGAG